UAUCCCAAAUUCACUGCCAUCUUUUUCUCUGUCUCUUAUGUUUCUGGAACCACAGAGAGAGUGAGGAGUUGUCUGUCAGUAACUUACCUCAGAUACUCCAUCUUUACACUCUGAUUUUGUCACUUCUUUAUUACUCUUUUUAUAUAUGCAUAGAUUUCUGUGUUAUCCCAUUUGUUCUCUGGUCUUUUUCAACAGUUGAACCUUCAAUCUUCUGUUACUCUCCUAGUUUGUUGUUGUGAGAUUCUGUAAUGGAGUCUGAGAAUGCUGCUAAAUUGAAGGAUAAUGGUGUCAUUGAGGAAACUCACACUGAAGAUUUGGCUGUGACACCAACGGAAGAAGAAAAAAUUGCUGCUAAUGGUCAAGGGCCAUCGAACACCAAUGAAACUUCUGAGAAUGUUGCGAAAGAUGAUGGUCAUCAUUCUUCUGGUGGGGCAAUUAAUGCCAAAGCAAAAGUUUCUCAAAGUAAACUCUCAAAUUCCUCAAAGGAACUAGCUAUUUCGGGUUCAAAGAAUAACAAAUUGUCCAAGGAUAAAGCUAAUUUGAAAACCCUUGGUUCACUUUCUCGUAAUCAGAGGCCAUCACUUUCUCAAAGUCUUUCAUUUCCAGCGCGAGGAAUUCGUCCUGAUAAUAUGAGGAAAAGUAUUGAUGGACAUCCAUCAAAAACUGUGAUCAAACAGGCGGAAGAUGACGGUAGAAAAGCAAAUGGAUCAAUCACUUCAGUUCCCCGUUUAACUCAACCCAGUAGGCGUACAUCCACUGGAAUGAACUCAAAGGAAUCAAAUGUUAAUGGUGGUAAAGCUACUCCCAGGAGGACUUCUCUGGCAACUGUGCCAAGCAAACAACAGACUCCACAUGUGAAAUCAAGUUCUUUGAAUGAAUCCACCAAUUGCCCUCCCUCCGAAGCAUCUGAAUUGGCUGAUCAAAGUUCUCAAAAUAUAACAACAGCAAUGCUGAGCAAAGAAGAGGAUGACAUCCAUUCAACUACUUCAAGUGCUACUCCUCGUGCACGGAGAGCUAGUGGCUCUGUGUUUUCCUUCAGGUUGGAUGAACGUGCAGAGAAGCGAAAGGAGUUUUUCUCAAAGCUAGAAGAGAAGAUUAAUGCCAAGGAAAUAGAAAAAAGUAACUUGCAGGCGAAGUCGAAGGAGAACCAGGAAGCAGAGAUCAAACAACUUAGAAAGAGCUUGACAUUUAAGGCUACACCUAUGCCCUGUUUCUAUAAAGAUCCACCACCAAAAGUUGAGCUGAAAAAGAUACCAACCACCCGUCCGAUAUCACCGAAGCUUGGAAGGCACAAGAGCUUAACCACUUCUGUCAACGGCUCAACAGAAGGCGGUGGAUGUUCCCUUAGCCCUCAGAGUCCACUUACUUUGAAACCAGAAUCGCGCAAUGCAACCAAGGGAGCUCAGAGAAAUGGCAACAAAGAAACCGUAGCCUCAAAAACAACAACCAAGAAGUCCCAGCCUAAGCUUCAGCAGCAGCAAAGCUCAUCCACUGGAAAAGAAGGAAAGACCAGCAAGACCAAACCAAAGCCUGCAGAAGCCGAGAGCGAAAACCCAGCAGGUUCUGUUGGAAAAGCUGAAGAAAACCAUAUGAAUCCAGUUAACCUUCUUUCAUGUGAGAAUCAAAAUACAAUGUCUGAAAAGAAUUCUGCUGAGGAUGAUGGAUUAAUGUUGAGUCCACCGAACUAUGAGACCAUGCCCCCUGAGGUCACAGUUGGAGGGUGAGAGAACAUGAUGCAUAUGCCCUGUAUCUAUAGAUUUUGAUGUUUAAAGUUCCAUAUUGUUGUGAAUGCUGGUACUCUGGUUCUAUUUUGGGUGGAAGUAAUAUAAAAUGAAUAGGUUACAUGUAAGCAUGAAUUCUUUUGUUAAAUAGUAUGAUUUUAUUUAUUUAUUUAUUUAUUUUUGGAGAGGAAA